GGCGGCGAGUGGAACGUGGUGACGUCACCCCGCUGUCAUCAGCGCCAUAUUGAUUGAUGACGCAUUUGGCUCUCCCGCCUGCGGCCUGCGAGUUCUGAGGGGACUGUUCUAUGAAGCUUUGCUGACAUGUUCAAUAAAUCCUUCGCGACUCCUUUUGGAGGUGGCACUGGAGCUUUUGGAGCAACAUCAACUUUCGGCCAAACAGCUCCUGGUUUCGGUACAUCGACUGCUACCGGCUUCGGGCCUUCAACCUUUGGGACAAUAAACAACACUGGCGGCCUUUUUGGGAGCACCCAGAAUAAACCAGGUGGACUCUUCGGGACCGGAACCUUCAACCAGACAGCAACCCCCUCCACAAACACAGGGUUUGGCUUUGGGACAUCAACGGGUACGACAAACUCCCUAUUUGGGGCCACGAACACAGGAAGCGGCCUCUUCUCCUCUCAGAGCAAUGCGUUCGGUCAGACGAAGCCGUCCACCUUCAGCAGUUUUGGGACGGGCACAAACAGCACUAGCCUUUUUGGUAGCACACAAACCACUGCGAACCCCUUUGGAGGAACGUCAAGCACACUUUUUGGAACCUCUACGUUCUCUGCAGCUCCGUCCGGAACCACCAUAAAGUUCAAUGCACCUUCUGGAACAGACACCAUGGCAAAGGGCGGUGUUACCACAAACAUCAGUACCAAGCACCAGUGCAUCACUGCCAUGAAGGAGUACGAGAGCAAGUCACUGGAGGAGCUGCGUCUGGAAGAUUAUCAGGCCAACAGAAAGGGGCCCCAGAAUCCGGUGGGUGCAGCGACAGGUACCAGCCUAUUUGGGGCAGCCACAGCCACAUCGAGCGCCCCCACAGGCCUGUUUGGCGCCACACCCUCCAGCAGCAACUUUUCAUUUGGGAACAAAAAUGCCUUUGGACAAACUACCAGCACCUUUGGAGCGAACACAGGAGGUCUUUUUGGCCAGCCCGCCGCCCAGCCGGCCACUAGCUUAUUUAAUAAGCCCUUUGGCCAAGCUACCACCACACAGAACACCGGCUUUUCAUUCGGAAACACGAACACGCUGGGGCAGGCGAGCACAAUGGGUCUCUUUGGAAGCACUCAACCCACCCAGUCCACCGGCCUCUUUGGCACUUCCACCAGCACUAAUGCAGGAUCGGCGUUUGGAGCUGGGGCUGGUUUGUUUGGACAGACUAACACCACGCCGUUCGGAGGUGUUGGAAGUUCGACCCUGUUCAAUACCAAGCCAGCUGGAUUUGGGACGACCACGACCAGCGCCCCUGCGUUUGGCACCGGUACCGGAGGACUCUUCGGUUUCGGCGCCAAUAAUACCGGCAGCAGUCUCUUUGGGAAUAAGACCGCUCCAGGGACACUUGGUGCAGGCCUUGGCACCGCAUUUGGACAAGGUCUGAACACGGGCCAGACGUCACUGUUUGGGAGCAAUCAGCCAAAACUUGGUGGCACGCUUGGCACAGGCGCCUUUGGUUCUACUGGGUUUAAUGCAGCCAACACAGGCCUGGGAUUCGGGGGUCCUCAAGCUCCUAUGGCUUUGGCUGAUCCCAACGCGGCGGCGCAGCAGCUGGUUCUUCAGCAGCAGCUCACUGCUCUGGCCUAUUCUCCAUAUGGAGACUCGCCUCUCUUCAGAAAUCCUAUUUCAGACCCAAAGAAGAAGGAGGAGCGCCUGAAGCCCACUAAUCCGGCAGCACAGAAAGCCCUUACUACCCCCACACACUACAAGCUCACCCCUCGCCCAGCUACCAAAGUGCGCCCCAAAGCACUGCAGACCGCGGGAACCGCAAAGACACAACUGUUCGACGGGUUGGACGAUGAUGAGCCGUCUCUGUCCAGCGGAGCCUUCAUGCCUAGGAAGAGCAUAAAGAAAUUGGUGCUGAAAAACCUGAACAUCAGCAAUCUGGCCUCGCCGUCCCGUAGCGAGCAGGACGAGGCGUCCUCUCCUGCCAGGUACCCGGAGAACGAUGACGGAGUCAAUGAGAGGAACGGCCCUGAAGUGGACGGACACGAAGUAUCCGAAUUCUACCCUCCUCCUCCAUCAAAGCUGCUCCCUCAGAGUCUGGAGAAGAAGCGCAUGAACAGCGGUAUGGACGACACCAUUGUGGCGCUGAACAUGCGCAACGCUCUCAGGAACAGCCUGGAUGGCAGUGCAGAGGAGAGUUCCCUCACAGAGGAGGACAUCCUCCAUGAUGUGCCCCCUCACCCUGCCGGCAUUGUGCUAACAAGAGAAGGUUACUACACAAUCCCCUCCAUGGAGGAACUGGCCAAGAUGAUUGACGAGGACGGAAAGUGCAUUGUGGAAGGCUUCACUAUUGGCCGUCGAGGUUAUGGAUCUAUCUAUUUUGAAGGACUGGUCGACCUGACCAACCUGAACCUGGAUGAAAUAGUCCAUGUUCGAAAUAAGGAGGUGAUUGUGUAUACAGAUGAUGGGAAUAAGCCGCCUGUGGGUGAAGGGCUGAACAGGGCUGCGGAGGUGACCCUGAAUGAGGUGUGGCCAAUCGACAAGACCACCCGCUCCCUGAUAAAGAGCCCUGAGCGGCUGGAAGAGAUGAAUUAUAAGAGCAAGCUGGAAGCCGCCUCCCGAAAACAAGGGGCCCAAUUUAAGGAGUACCGUCCAGAGACGGGCUCCUGGGUGUUCAAGGUGAAGCACUUCUCCAAGUACGGGCUGCAAGACUCGGAUGAGGAAGAGGAAGAUGCCACAUCCACCGCUGAAACAAAGAAAAUGAAAGCGGCUGCCCUCCCCCCUCCUGGACAGCAGCCGCCCCAACAGCAGGCUGUACUCAAUGGGAGACCUACCCCUCCACCGCAGAGCCUGGCGGAGGAGGAGCUGGGACGGGCGUUGGAGUUGGACAGUGACAUGGCGGACAUCACCCAGGAGCCGCUCCUGGAUUCAGCUGCUGACGAUCAGGACAUCACGGAGGAGCAGGAGCCGGUGUCUGCAUCAUCCCACAUCGCAUCGUCCCUGGGGGUCAACCCUCACGCCUUACAGGUGAUGAAAGCUUCUCUGCUGUUGGAGGAUGAGGGUGGUGAUCUCGUCUCCCCCUUUGCCUGCUUCCGGCCGAGCACCCCUCAGGAGGUCCGGUCACCGCUGAGGUUUGUCCCAGCAGCGCAGUCUCCCCGGGCGUCCAGCGGUCGUCUGCAGUCCAGGUUCUCCGGACCCUCAGUUCUGAAACAGAAGGACUCUCCGCUUCUUUCUCAGAGCCCCAAACCCCCCUCCUCCGCUCCGUGGCCGGCCCUGGGUCCUCUCUCUUCAGCGUUCAUGAUGCCGUCUCCUGUUCCGGAGACGCAGCUGAGAACGGUGGGGACCCGUCGUCAGCAGGGUCUGGUGCCGCUGGACAAGUCCGUGUCUGAUGGAAAGGGCAAGCUGCUGAUCGACAUGUCUCUGUUCGUGGGACGCUCCUUCUCUGUGGGCUGGGGCCAGAACUGGACGCUGGCCCAUAGUGGGGACAUGCUGAGUGGGGCCAGGGAGAGGGAGGAGGCCGCCGGGAACAUGGAGACCAUGGACUACGGAUUUCUUCCCAAACCGGUCUCUGCUAAAUCUCUUACAGAAACCCCCUUCAAGGUUCACCUGGAGAAGCUGAGUCUGGAGGAGAAGCGAACAGAUCUGCAGUCCUACCUGAUUCCUCUAGAAAUCGCCUUGAAAAACAGUACGGUGCAGAGCGAGCGCUGUCCGCGGCUUGUGCCCAACCCUGGGAACUCUGCCAUCCACGACUAUGCCGGAUGGGUCGGCGAGUUCUGUGCGGAGCCUGCACAUGUGGAGCCCGUGGUGAAGCAGUGGUGUUUAACGUGGACGCUCUGUAAGGCCCUGUGGGGUCGGCUCCGGGAGCUGGAGACCGGGCUGGAUGACCUGAAUGAGUAUGUGGAGAGGCUGCACCGCAGGAAGGCCUUCUCUCAUUGGCUGGCCGAGACGGCGGCGGAGCGCAUUGAAGAGGAGGCGGCUCUGCACCUCCAUGAGCGACCAGUCGAGGCCGUGUUCAGCUUCCUGACCGGCUGCCGUAUUAGCGAGGCAUGUCGGCUGGCUCAGAAAUCUGGUGAUCACCGGCUCGCCAUGUUGCUCUCUCAGCUGGUUGGCAGUCAGCAGGUUGUGGAGCUCAAUGUCAUGCAGCUGGUGGACUGGAGAAACCUGCAGGUGGACGCUUUCAUCCAGGAGGAGCGGUUGAAGAUCUAUGCCUUGUUGUCGGCCACCCCGGUGUGGCAGUCAUCUGAUAAGAGGAGCAUUAAUGUCUGCUCGGAGCUCGACUGGAAGCGGGCAUUGGCCGUUCACCUCUGGUACAUGCUGCCACCCACGGCCUCCAUCUCCCAGGCUUUGCAGCAGUACGAGACCGCCUUUCAGGAGUCAGAGGAAGGCACACGAUAUGCUGCUUACCCGCUCCCUGCCUACCUCGAAGGGCACGGCCUCCGUCUAGAAGCCAUCGAUGCAGAUACUUCCGCUAUCAAGAGAGAUGUCUGCUUCCACCUCCUGAAGCUCUACAGCGACAGGUGUUAUGAUCUUCGGCAGCUCUUGGACCCCCGGAGCGUGACCCCGGACCCCCUGGACUACCGUCUGAGCUGGCAUCUGUGGAUGGUCCUGCAGGCGCUGAAUUACACGCACCUCUCGGAGCAGAGCCAGGGGCUGCUGCACGCCAGUUACACCGAGCAGCUGGAGAACGUGGGCCUCUGGGAGUGGGCCAUAUUUGUGAUGCUUCACGUGCCCAAUGCCGUCAUCCGAGAGACCUCGGUCCGGGAGCUGCUGAACAGACACUGUACCCUGAGGGAGACUCGCGAGACGCUGACCAAGGAGAAGUUCCUGAUAGAGAAGCUCUGCAUCCCUGCCGAAUGGAUCUACGAAGCCAAAGCUAUCCGUGCCAGGAGAGAUGAAGACCACCACAGGGAGGCGCUCUACUUAUUACGGGCCGGACACUGGAACCAGUGCCACAGGCUGGUGUGCCGGCACCUGGCGUCAGACGCCAUCAUCAAUGAGAACUACUCCUACCUGCGCAGCUUCCUGGACGAGCUCUCGCGGCCGGAGAACUGUGUGCACAUCCAGGGCUGGGACACGGCCGGCCAGGUCUACAUGGACUACAUCGGCGUCAUCGAGAUGCUGAACCAAAUCCGACAGAACGAAUCUUCCGGCUGUGAACUUGAACGACUGCACAUGAAAGUGACGUCCGUCUGCAACCGGGUCGAUCAGAUCCAAUGCUGCAACUCCAAAGAUCGGCUGGCGCAGUCUGAAAUGGCGAAACGCGUGGCGAACAUCCUGCGCGUCGUCCUGCGUCUACAGCACUCCCCUGAAUCGGACGACUCUGAGCUCCCGCGCGUCCCCCUCAGACUGCUCGCCCCCCACAUUGGCCGAUUACCGAUGCCGGAGGACUACGCCCUGGAGGAGCUGCACAGCCUCACCCAAUCCUAUCUACGAGAACUCACCGUGGGCGGCCAGUAGGGUCCAGUGCGCAGACAACAUGGAGGAUGUUGUGAGUCCUGCGCAGGAGCCGCUGAAUCGGGCUGGUCACCCCGUGUCAGAAAUAUACACCUGUGUCCACGUCCACUCUUUGUAUAGUCUUCUUAUGUACAGUGUUACGCCCCAGGCGGGGGAGGGGGGGAUUUGUUCUUGAUAUUUCUCUCCGUGUUUCGAAUUUGCCAAAAUAGUCCGAGUGGUCGUUGUCUCCCGCAGUAGUGGAGCGCCGCUCGGCUGUGGCCCCUGGAUGUACACGUGGGACGUGUCGGCUCCUUAUUUUAUCAAUUAUGUGUUAGGGGAGCUGCCGCCCUCCUGCUGGUUCCUCUGCUCUCCUUGCUGAUGUUUUCAUUCUGAACUGAUUGUUGGAAGUUUCUAUAUAUUAUUUUUCCCUCUGCCCAAACAUCAGCAGCCUCGUCCGUGCCCGGGCAGAGGCGUCGGACUCGCCUCUAGCCAGUGGUGCCCCCUGCUGGUGGUGUGAGUGACUGGCCGCGCGCUUGUGUCCGAGUGUUUCCGCAUGAAUCUGGUCACGUGGUUUUUAUUCAGAGCUUAUUAUGAGGCCGAAAAUUAAUAAAUAUUCUAGAUUUUUGUUUUUCUGAGAUUUUUAAUAAAACCUUUACGAUUUGA